CCUCGUUCCGUGUAGCAAAUAUCAUUGUUUACUUCUACUAGUGCCGCUCCAAAAGCACCCCAGGCAUGUGCUUUAUCCUCUCCAAUCGGUGGAUCGCCGCCGUGGUCAUCGUUGCUCCACACGGACAUUCCACCGUCAUCACCAAACUCAAGACUCUUCCUCUUAGUUUGAGUCUUUAAUACCAAUAGAUCUGUGUGGUGCUGGUUGGUAUGUUUUCGAUCAGAAUAAGAGACAAAAAGGAUUCCAGAUGAAACCUCUCUCGAUCAGGUGAAAGAUUUUGUGAGGUCGAAAUUUAGGGAUCUAUAAAAUUAGAUGGCUGAUAACAUGAACGAUGAUAUGGUUAUGGAUCUUGAUUUGAACCAAGAGCCAUUAGUGGACCCUCCACCACCUCCGCCUUUUGGUUAUGGUCCUUUGCUAAACGAACUAGAGACCGCACAUGGCAGAAUCGAGGAUCGAAUUAGGCAACUUGAAGCUGUUACAGCUAGGGCUAGACAACGUCAGCGAUGGCGACAGGCGAGGAACAAUCCGGAAUUGAGUUACAUGACAGUAAUCGAGCCAGAUGUUGGUGCAGGAAACCAGAAUCAAGACGACAAUAACGUUCGUGAUGUGGAUGGAAUUAUAAACACUCCUGGUGGUGUUGACGAGAGGGCUAAUGGUGAAAGAGGGAGGAACAGCAAAAGAGAUAUCAGCCAGUUGGCAAAAGCUUUGGAGAUGGAUUUAGAUUCUAAGAAGACAGAUAGCAAUGGAGGUGAUGAUGAUGAGAGUGGGGGAUUCUUCGAUUGUAACAUAUGCUUGGAGAUGGCAAGGGAUCCUAUCUUGACUUGCUGUGGUCACUUAUUUUGUUGGAGUUGCUUCUAUCAGUUGUCAUAUGUAGAUUCAAGUGCAAAAGAAUGCCCAGUUUGCAAAGGAGAAGUAACAGAUUCAAGCAUUACACCAAUCUAUGGAAAUGGAAAGAAUCAACCGAUCUUGAAGUUAGAAUCCGGGGUGAAAAUCCCUCCAAGACCUCGAGCACGCAGAGUAGAGAGUAUACGUCAGCAAAGGGUAAUUAGGGGAAUCUCUCAUAUUCCUGUAGCAGAAGCACUUAGAAGAAUCAGAAUUGGAAUCGGUUCGAUUGGGGAAAACCCUCUUCUUCAAGGUCUCAACACUGUAGGAGGAGGAGGAGGCCCUACUUCCGAAAUAAACCAAUCAUUGUUACAUUCUUCUGAAGCAGCAGGGGGUAGCAGAAGACACCGUUCACGCCCAUUCUCAAGGGUAAUAUCGGAAAGUGCUGCUUCUCUUUCUUCUAUUUCGUCUGCCCUAAACAACGCAGAGAGAUUGGUUGAAGAUCUUGAAACAUACAUCAAUGAUCGUCUUUUGAGAAGAACAGAUGCUUCACAGCUUCUACCAGGUAAUCAAGAACGCAACACUUUUCUUCCAAAUGGUGGUGAUAUUCAAGUUCAACUGGAGCCUCAGAAUGCAGAGAUGAAUAUGAGUCCGAAUCCUGCUGUCCCUGUUUCUUCUAGUUCUUCUCAAAGAGCGAUUGCUACUACUGUUGUGCAUUUGGAUAAUCUAUCAACUGAUAGUGCUGUAGAGAUUGAUCUGACUAUAUCGCAUCCUUCUUCUUCUUCUGCUAGGAGAGCUGCUGUUUCAAGGGCCUUGAGUUUGGAAGGCGGGACUUCCAGGGAGCUCAGGAGGAGACGAUUGAGUGAAGUGAACAAGAACAUGUUUUAGAUGUGGAGAGUGAUGCUAUCUGUAUGUCAUUUAAUAUAAUCAUAUGUUUUACAGACUGUGCUUAAGAUGUGGAAAAUGUAAUACCUGAUCUCAUUUGUUGCUUA